GUCGGCGCGAAAUGACGGAACUCAUGUGGUGUGUUCCGGCCGGGUCCCGGCUCCGCGCGAGCUUCUGCGUCCCACGAUGACAGGCUGGCCACGCUGCGGUCGCCCUUAGGCAUGCGCAACAGACACUCGGAUCAACUAAGAACACAAACUGAAACCCUACGAUUUCUCACCGGUCUGCACCCUCGCCGAGGCUCGGGCUGCUCGCGAACUGGCCUCCUUCGUCCGGUUUCUCCCCACUCCGAAAGUUUAAGCUUACUGUUGGCAGGUCCCUGGGCAAACAGUGUGUGAGAUGGGACGGACGUCAAAGGACAAGCGGGAUGUCUACUACCGCCUAGCCAAGGAGAAUGGCUGGCGUGCCCGCAGUGCCUUCAAGCUGCUACAACUUGACGAGGAAUUCCAGCUCUUCCAAGGCGUGACUCGGGCAGUUGACCUGUGUGCAGCCCCGGGCAGCUGGAGCCAGGUGCUGAGCCAGAAGAUUGGGGGCCAGGGGUCUGGCCACGUGGUGGCCGUGGACCUUCAGGCUAUGGCUCCACUACCAGGUGUGUUACAGAUCCAGGGGGAUAUCACCCAGCUGUCCACUGCCAAGGAGAUCAUCCAGCACUUUGAGGGCUGCCCCGCAGACCUCGUGGUGUGCGACGGGGCGCCCGAUGUAACCGGUCUCCAUGAUGUUGAUGAGUAUAUGCAGGCCCAGCUCCUCCUAGCCGCUCUGAACAUCGCUACCCACGUCUUGAAGCCAGGGGGCUGCUUUGUGGCCAAGAUCUUCCGGGGCCGGGAUGUGACACUGAUCUAUAGCCAGCUGCGGGUCUUCUUCUCCAGCGUACUCUGCGCCAAGCCCCGGAGCAGCCGGAACUCCAGCAUCGAGGCCUUCGCUGUCUGUCAGGGUUAUGACCCCCCUGAGGGCUUCCUACCGGACCUGACCAAACCCCUGCUGGACCACUCUUACGAUCCAGAUUUCAACCAAUUAGAUGGUCCCACCCGGAUCAUUGUGCCAUUUGUGACCUGUGGGGACCUGAGUGCCUACGAUUCAGACCGCAGUUACCCACUGGACCUAGAGGACGGCUCAGAGUACAAGUACACUCCACCCACGCAGCCCCCCAUCUCACCGCCAUACCAGGAGGCCUGCACGCUGAAGAAGAAGGGGCGGCUGGCCAAGGAGAUCCGCCCCCAGGACUGUCCCAUUGGCACAGUGGACACGUUGCCCCAGCCCCUCACCGCCCCACAGCGCCACACCAUGCUGGCCUCUGAGGUGGAAGACAGUGAAAUGAAUUGUUCACCUUAACACGUUCAGUUAGCUGGCAAUCUGAUAAGGACUCGGAAGCUGUUUGCUGUCAGGAAAACCAGAACUUGAGUUGAUGAACUUGUUUUGAAAUAUCUCAUCAUCGGAUCCUGAACAUACAAGCCCCGAGUGGGAACCUGGAACAAUCACCACGAACACAGGGAGGAGAGAAACUUCACGGCAUGUCCAUCUGCACUGCAGAGGGAUUUUUUUUUAUUACAGUUUGACUGCACAUACACAUUAUACUGCAUGUAAAUACAUAUAUACAAUAUACUGCACCUUUUUUUUAGUUUUCAUAUAUGUACUGAUCAUGGUUUCUAAGAACAGAUUAGAUCUUUAGCUUUUUAAACUUACAUAGUUAUCAAAGGAAUAAAGCCAACUACAAGAUAAGAAUCAACAAAAUACGGUAAUCCAAUCAUAAAGGACAGUCAAAUGUGCUUACACAUAUUCAAGAAAGCAAAAUAAUUAGUUCAUUUGUGUCCUUAUUGUUGUUGUUUUUUAGAUUCCUCAUAUAAAUUAUGUCAAUAUGGCAUUUUUCUUUCUCUUUCCAGCCCACUUCACUUAGAAUGACAAUCUUCAGGUCCAUCCAUAUUGCUGCAAAUGGCAUUAUUUUAUUCUUUUUUAUGGCUGAGUAGUGUUCCAUCGUAUAUAUGUACCACAUCUUCUUUAUCCAGUCAUGCAGAGGGAUUCUUGAAUGAGGUCUUGCUUCUUCUCUAAGUCUUUCCAGCAGUGUCCUGAUUUAUGUCCAGAAUUUACCCCAAAAGCAGGGGGUUUUAAUCUGGAUAGAAGUCAGGGUUACCUGUGACUUUGAUGCAGGGAAAUAUGAUAUCUUUACUUUCACUAAUAUAACAAAUUUUGUGUUACUCCCAAAUCUGAAUGCUGGCAGCAAAUUACAAUACUGAAAGCAGUGACUGCAACUUUCCCAGCAAUGCAGAUCACAGUUACUUUUUUAUGUUACAUUACAGUUGUUGCGGGCAGCUUAAAGUAUUGUUCACAUGGGUCACUACUUUGAAUAAGAUGUUAUAAUUUGAUGUACUAAUAAAAAAGUUCAUAUAUAAUACA